CCUGAGAUGACCUCCUUUGAUCUGGAUAUUUUCCAGGAAGAGGAGUUGGAGAUUAAGCUUGAAAAGGUUGUGAGAUGCGGUACCAAUGAGGAGCUAGAAGAGCUCAAAUGCACAUUGGGGGACUGGAUAGCUGACUGUGGUGUGCCAAACAUAUACACAGCCUCUCUCAGGGACCUGCCUACAAUUCACGGGCAAAUUGUUACUCAUUACUUGUACCACAGGGUGGCCAGUAUGGUCCAACAGUUCAUUGCCGGGAUGAAUUCAUGUGGCCAGAUGUGGGAGAUGGUGGCUAUGAACUGGAGAGAGUUCCUCCCAUUGUUCACAAACGCACAAGAGAAACUCUCCAGGAAUGACAUCAGGAACCUCUUCACAAUAUCCUGGAGUCCACAGGGCAGCAACCACAGAGAACAGGAGGAGGAGACUGUCUUCCAUUGGGAGUGCUGGCUGAUGUCCAUUCAAGAAGAGGACAUGGAUAUUUCCUUCGAGGACUUGCUGGUGUUUGUGACAGGGGCCGAUUCUGUCCCCCCUCUUGGGUUCCCGCAUAAAUGCCAGCUUGACUUCUAUAAUCAGGAGGAUGGGAGCUGCCGCAUUCCUUACUCCUCAACAUGUAGCCUUUGCCUCUUCCUCCCGAGAGGGGUUACAGAAGAAGAGGAGUUCAAAAGACUUAUGUUCCUUGCCCUGAAAGGGUCUCUUGGUUUUGGAAAGGUGUGAUGGAAAACAAAAAAU